GUCAAGCGGAAUAAACAAAAACACAGCUGUUAUAUGGAAAAUCGCGAGGAGUUAUCUCUUUUAGGAUGUUCCGCAAUAUUGUGAUUGGCAUAUCCGGCGGCGUCGAUAGCGCUAUUUCUGCAUUUCUACUCAAACAAAAAGGCUACAAUGUGAUUGGCGCUUUCAUGAAAAACUGGGAUGAAUUUGAUGAAAUGGGCGCCUGCAGUGGCGAGCAGGACUACCGUGAUGCAGAAUAUACAUGCCAAAAGCUAGGCAUUGAAUUGCAUAUGGUGAAUUAUGUGAAGGAAUAUUGGAAUUCGGUAUUCAGCGCUUUCUUAGAGGAUUAUCAGAGUGGACUAACGCCAAACCCUGAUAUACUUUGCAACAAGUAUAUAAAAUUCAAUUUAUUCUAUAAAUAUGCCAGAGAACAGCUGCAAUGUGAUGCGAUUGCGACGGGACAUUAUGCAAAAACAAGCUUUGGUAACUUUCUACAGCAUUAUAACGCGAAUGGUGACGUGCACUUGCUGAUACCACGCGAUACGUUCAAAGAUCAAACCUUUUUUCUCUCAGGCAUACAGCGACACACGCUCAGUCGCACCAUGUUCCCACUGGGUGACGCGUUGAAGUGCGAAGUCAAAGCGUUGGCGCGCAAAUGUGGCUUAGCGCGUUUGGCGCAAAAAAAGGAAAGCACAGGCAUUUGUUUUGUCGGCAAUCGCGACUUCAAACAGUUUAUUAAAGAGUACAUACAACCGCGCAAGGGGAAUUUCAUUGAUAUUGACACUGGUAAAAUUGUGGGCACACAUGAAGGCAUACACACUUGGACAAUCGGACAACGUUGUCGUUUGGCUUCAUUUUUACGUCCAUAUUUUGUAGCGCAAAAAGACGUCGCCAAUAAUACUAUCUAUGUGGCGUCGGGUCACGAACAUCCAGCACUUUACAGUGAUGUUAUAUAUGCCAGCGCGCCCAAUUGGCUGUGCAGAGAUCCGUUAAACGCUGGCGUUGAUGCUAGUGCACAGCAGUUGCGUUGCCGUUUUCGUUUCCAGCACACAAAACCCUUGGUUGAUUGCGUAGUUGAAAGGGCAGCCGAAGAUAACGCCAAUGUAACAAUAACUUUAGACAAACCAUUGAGAGCACUUACGCCGGGACAAUAUGCAGUUUUCUAUAGCGAUAAAGCGUGUUUGGGCUCGGCGCGUAUCGUUAGUGCUUGCCGUAAGGCGGAGGAGCACAUACAGAGAGUGGAAAUGUUUCAAGAGAGUUGACGUUUUAACGAAAAUGCAAAAGAAAUGAUUUUUGGAAAAUCCUUACUACACGUAACGCCAUAAGAGACUGUAUCACAUGUUGUAAAUAAAAUUUUCAUUUACUCAAA